UCUCCGCUGCGCGGGUGGAGCCGGGAGAGCAAGCUAACCCAGGAAGGCGCUGGCUGUGGCGCGCACGCGCGCGCACGCACGCACGCACGCUGGGGCUGGCGGGGUGGCAGGCUCGCGCCCGGGCUCGCCCCGCGCCGCGCCACAGGCUCGCUCACUCAGCAGGUUGGGCUGCGGCGGCGGCAGCUGUGGAGCUACAACGCUGCGUGUGAGAGGUCCUAGACGCGGCUGCGGCUCCGGCUCGGCCACCCUCACGGAAGUCUCGGCGCCGGGUGCUGAGAGGGGAACGGCUCUAGCCUUGGGACCCCCGAGCACACCCCUGGCUGCUCCCGACACCGCCCUCCUUCCCUUCCCAGCGCGGGCCUCGGUCGGUGCUAGGCGACUCCGAGGGGAGGCGGCGGCGCCGGCUGCCUGUCUGUGAGAGGAGCCCUGCUCUCCAGCCUUGCCUCGCUGCCGGGCCCUGCAGGGCCGAGAAAGCUCGGCGCCGGCCCUUCCUCUAGCCUCUCCGUCCACCGGUUGGAGCAGCGUCGGUCCGGGAGGUCUCUGGGCUGAGGCGGCGGCAGCUCCUCCGGCUCCAUCAUGUCCGCGGGCGGAGACUUCGGGAAUCCGCUGAGGAAAUUCAAGCUGGUGUUCCUGGGGGAGCAGAGCGGUCUUAGUUGCAGCACGUGGGAUCAUCUAGUUGUGGCGUGCGGGAUGUUUAGUUGCGGCAUGUGGGAUCUAGCUCCCUGACCAGAGAUCGACCCCGGGCCCCCUGCAUUGGGAGUGCAGAGUCUCAACCACUGGACCACCAGUUGGAAAGACAUCACUGAUUACCAGAUUCAUGUAUGACAGUUUUGACAACACCUAUCAGGCAACAAUUGGUAUUGACUUUUUAUCAAAAACAAUGUACUUGGAGGAUCGAACAGUACGAUUGCAAUUAUGGGACACAGCAGGUCAAGAGCGGUUCAGGAGCUUGAUUCCUAGCUACAUUCGUGACUCCACUGUGGCAGUUGUUGUUUAUGAUAUCACAAAUGUUAACUCAUUCCAGCAAACUACAAAAUGGAUUGAUGAUGUCAGAACAGAAAGAGGAAGUGAUGUUAUCAUCAUGUUAGUAGGAAAUAAAACAGAUCUUGCUGACAAGAGGCAAGUGUCAAUUGAGGAAGGAGAGAGGAAAGCCAAAGAGCUGAAUGUUAUGUUUAUUGAAACUAGUGCAAAAGCAGGAUACAAUGUAAAGCAGCUCUUCCGACGUGUUGCAGCAGCUCUGCCUGGGAUGGAAAGCACACAGGACAGAAGCAGAGAAGACAUGAUUGACAUAAAACUGGAAAAGCCUCAGGAGCAACCAGUCAGCGAAGGAGGCUGUUCCUGCUAAUCCCCCAUGCCAUCUUCAACUUUCCUUCAGAAGCUCACUGCUUUGGCCCCCUUACUCUUUCAUUGACUGCGGUGUGAAUAUUGGCUUGAACCUUUUCCCUUCAGUAAUAACGUAUUGCAAUUCAUCAUUGCUGCCUGUCUCGUGGAGAUGAUCUAUUAGCUUCACAAGCACAAAAAAAGUCAGUGUCUUCAUUAUUUAUAUUUUACAAAAAGCCAAACGAUUCCAGCAUAUUCCAGUGAUAACUUUAAAAAUUAAAUACAUUUUCUUAACAUUUUUUUUCCUUUUUAAUGUUAUGAGAAUGUGCUUCAAAAUGAUGGAAAUCUCAACAGUAUAUGGCUUGGUUAAGGAGCAGUUGUUCAUAGCAGCACUUGCCUAACUACUUGGUCUCUCCCUGCUUUACUCACUUCUUUACCACAUAUCCUAUUCCUAUCCUCCCUCCCUCAAAACAAACAGGAGGGGGCAAAGCAGUAGUCACACCAAGCCCAUUGGAAUUAUCCUUCAGUUUUAGUGAUACCACUUGCUCUAGGCCUUGGGCCAAAAUAUCCAAAAUUAUUUUUUGAGCACUGAUAUAAAUUACUUAUACCUUAAUUGAGGUCAGAACUCAACUAUCAUGGUAGGCAGUGCUGAAAUAAGAAAAGGGUUCUGGUGCAUCUUCAGAAUGAGUCCUAAUGAACAUACUGAGUACUUACAAGUAAGUGAACAUAAAAUAUAUUCCUGACCAAAACAAAUGAUCCUUUCACGUGUUAGACUCUGGGAGAGAAAAGUAAAAGAACAGGUUUUAAAUAUUUAAUUCUUCUAAGAGCUAUUUCUCCCAAGAUUUUAAAAUUGUCAAAAUCGAGUUCUUCUGUUUAAAAAACAAAACUAAACGUUUUUUUUUUAAGCAAUAGAUUUCUCGAGUUUUCUUUUUCUUUCUUCCUUUCUUUCUUCUUUCUUCCUUUCUUUCUUUGUUCCUUCCUUCGUUUCUUUCUUCUUUUUUUAAAUGCUAUGCAGGCAAGGCACUGUAGAAAUCAAAUUCCUUUAAGAAGAACCAGUGGAAGAAUUUAAAUUUGGUCAAAACCAGUAGAAAUAACGAUAUCUAAAGCUUACCAACUAGAGAAUCCUCAACAGAAUAGCAAAUACUUUGCCUGGACAUUUGGGGUCAAAUUGAAAAUGGAAACAGUUUUCCUUUAAAGCUCUAGAGGGAGAUCUGAAAAAGCAUACAUAGAAGAGGGAAAGGAGAGAAUAAAAAUAAAACUUAACAUUUUGCAGAUUUAUGCCUUAUUUUUCAGCAUUUUUUUAUGUUGGUUCUCUCAAUCUGGUUUUGCUUUUUAUUAGAUCUGUAUAGUUUGGUUAAUUAACUAGUGAUUUAGUUUUAUAUUUAAGCUAUAAUUAAUCUUUUUUCUUUGGUGAUAUUUAUUUCUUUGCCUUUUUCUAAACUACUUUCAAUUUUUAGAUGUUUUAUUCAGUCUAUUUAGAGCUUCAUCACAAUGGCAAUAUGUAUUUCCCUUAAAACACUGCAAACAAAUAUACUAGGAGUGCACCAUUUUAAUCUUUACUAGUUAUUGUGAGAUUGCUGUGUAAGUUAAUAAACACAUUUGUAAAUACAUUGUUUGCAGGAAGAAAAUUUCUGAGUUACAGCUCAGGAAAAGCCUGCUGAAUUUAUGUUGUAAGCAUUACUUAACACAGUAUAAGAAUGAAACGACAACAAAAAUAUCUUCAUACUUCCUCAUCCCCUCAUUGCGACAAAACCCUUAACUGGGAGAACCUUAUUCCCCUCUCUUUCCUCUUCCUCCUCCACUUCCCGCUUAUUGUCACCUUGUAAUAUUCAGAGAGCACUUGGAUUAUGGGUCUGAAUGGAGAAAUGCUUUCAGAUAAUCAUUAGCCCACAUACCCCAGUAACUUGUACUCAAAGAUGGGAUGGAGUUGUAAAGUGCUUUUAUAAUACAAUAUUAUUGUUAAAGGCAAGGGUUGACUCUUUUGUUCUAUUUUGACAUGGCAUGUCCUGAAAUAAAUAUGAAUUCAAUAUG